AGCCGAAAGGGGCGCGGGGGUGCUGGCAGCCGCCGCCAUCGCAGCCCGCAUGGGGCGGGCGCGGCCGGGUCGCGGCGCUGCCUGAGCGGGGCCGGCGGGCUGCUCUACCGGGGGCGCCCCUGAGAGGGCGGGGAGCCGCGGCGCCAUGCAGUGCGCGGACCCCGCGGCGGCCAUGAAGGGGUCGGAGGGCGAGGGCAAGCCGGAGCAGCCGCCGCCGCCACCGGCGGGGCAGAGCGGCGGCGGCAAGAGCGGAGGCGGCCGCGGCGCCAAGGGCUGGCAGUACAGUGAUCACAUGGAAAAUAUUUAUGGCUACUUAAUGAAAUAUACGAAUCUUGUCACUGGUUGGCAAUAUCGAUUUUUUGUUUUAAACAAUGAUGCUGGUCUGCUGGAGUACUUUGUGAACGAGCAGUCUAGACAUCUAAAGCCCAGGGGUACCCUGCAGCUAGCUGGAGCUGUAAUUUCACCCAGUGAUGAAGACUCUCAUACAUUUACAGUCAACGCUGCCAGCGGGGAGCAGUAUAAACUCAGAGCUACUGAUGCUAAAGAACGUCAACACUGGGUUAGCAGACUUCAGAUAUGCACACAGCAUCACACGGAAGCUAUCGGAAAGAACAAUCCUCCUCUGAAAUCUCGCAGCUUCUCUCUUGCAUCCCAAGGAAGUGCCAACUCUCCUGGUGUGCAAAGAAGACCGAGUCAAAAUGCAGUUUCCUUUUUCAGUGUUGGACAUCAUAGAUUGCCAACUGGAAAAAGAGUUCCUAUUAUGCAGCCAGAUCACCUUGUAGAUGUUAGAGAGAUGAUGUCUCAGGCUGAGGGCCAGCAGAGAGACUUGAUCAGGAGCAUAGAAUGCCUUCCCGUCUCUGGUCACCUUACAUCCUUGGAUCAAGACCUGUUAAUGCUCAAAGCAACUUCCAUGGCAACUAUGAACUGCUUAAAUGACUGUUUCCAUAUUCUCCAGUUACAACAUGCUUCUCAACAAAAGGGAUCCUUACCAGCAGGAACAACGAUCAGUUGGUUGGAACCGAAGAUAUCUCUGGCAAACCACUUCAAAAAUGGAGCAGCUCAGAAUUUCCCAGCAGAGAUAAACAAGCCAGCAUCUGUCAGAGAAGAGCAGUCCACUGCAGAGCCCUGCCAGCUAACAAGGGAACCUGAAGAAAUAAAUCCCGAUGAGGAGCUGGAAGAUAUCUGUGAUAAUAAAGAAGAUGACCUAGGAGCUGUAGAAGAACAGCGUAGUGUUAUCCUGCAUCUCUUGUCUCAGCUGAAACUUGGCAUGGACUUAACAAGAGUGGUUCUUCCCACUUUUAUUUUAGAGAAGCGAUCGUUGUUGGAGAUGUAUGCGGACUUCAUGUCCCAUCCAGAUCUCUUCAUUGCAAUCACAAAUGGCACUACCCCUGAGGAGAGGAUGAUCCGCUUUGUUGAGUAUUAUCUCACUUCGUUUCAUGAAGGUCGCAAAGGAGCUAUUGCAAAGAAACCAUACAAUCCAAUCAUUGGCGAGACGUUUCACUGCUCCUGGAGGAUGCCAAAAAGCAAUGUAGCCACUGAUGCUGGCAGUAAUUUCUCUGCUCAGUCCCCCUCAGAGCAAGUAACUCUGUCUAAAGAUAUGGAGGGCCAAACAGAGCUGGACUACUAUACAGUAAAAUUUGUAGCUGAGCAAGUGUCCCACCAUCCUCCUGUCUCAGGGUUUUAUGCUGAAUGUGUAGAGAGAAAGAUGUGUGUUAAUGCCCACGUCUGGACAAAAAGUAAAUUCUUAGGAAUGUCAAUAGGAGUGACGAUGAUUGGUGAGGGUCUCUUAAGUCUCCUGGAACAUGGGGAAGAAUACACGUUCUCUUUGCCCUGUGCAUACGCUCGGUCAAUUUUAACUGUUCCCUGGGUAGAACUGGGAGGAAAAGUCAACAUUAACUGUGUGAAGACUGGGUAUUCUGCAAGUAUUAACUUUCACACCAAGCCCUUCUAUGGUGGAAAAUUGCAUCGGGUCACAGGUGAAGUGAAGCAGAACACAACAAACACAGUGGUGUGCAGAGUGCAAGGGGAAUGGAACAGUGUGCUUGAGUUCACCUACAGCAACGGGGAGACAAAAUAUGUGGACUUGACAAAGUUGUCGGUGACAAGAAAACGAGUCCGGCCCCUUGAGAAACAAGGACCAUUUGAAUCUAGGAAGCUGUGGCAGCACGUAACAGAGUCUCUGCGGGAUGGAGACAUUGAUAAGGCUACAGAGCACAAGCGAGCCCUUGAAGAGCGACAGAGGAAUGAAGAGAGGCUUCGUGCUGAAACAGAAACACCCUGGUGUACUAAAUACUUCCUUAAAGAAGGAGAUGGCUGGGUUUAUCAUAAACCCCUCUGGAAAACAGUCUCUGCUGCACAAACUCAGCAAACGGACAUUAAUUAGAAAAGCUGCUUUAAGAUGAGUUUUCUGAUGUUCCUCUCCUUUUCCUCUUGUCUCUCAAAACACAGUAAUCACACAGAGUGUUCCCUUUUUAUGUAAUUGUGAAAGUUUAAAUGAGCAUAAAGAAAUAAAUAUACUAGGGCACUUUAAAGGUAUUAAAGAAGAAAAAGGUAAAAUAAUAUUGAAGCUGUAGAGACAAACCAGGUACAUUCUUGUUUUUUGUAUCAUCCAAGAGAUUUUAUCUGAAUUGUAUAAGAUUCUUCUAAGUAGAUCUGACUGCAAAAGCUGCCUCAGAGGAGAAGGAGAUGUUGGAUUUUGGAGUGACAUGGGAACUUUUUUCAGACUCUGCAUCAAGCUCUUUAAUAACCGAAACCUGCUCUAUAUAUAGACAACAGCAACAAAAGAAUUGCUGCUUUUAUGCCCAGUGAUUAACCUUUUUGGUGAAAACUGAAGGGGUAUUUGGAAGAUGUGCCUGAAAUCAGUGUUAAGAAACAACUGGAUUGUGAUGACUUUUUUUUUCCUCAGAGAAAACAUGUGCAUGCAUUGGAGGAACAUGGGAUAUAUGUAGAGACUCCCUUUCUUUUUUAUGGAUUUAUAAAAACAAUUAGAAUUGUAACCAUGGAGAAAUUUUUCCUCUGAAACAUUUUAAUAUACUUGAAAUAAUUGACUUGAAUUGGAAAAGUAAUUUGAACACUUUUCAACUCCUAAUUUUAUUAAAUCUCUUCGGGCGACUUUGGUUUUUCUCAUAAUAUAAUGUAAUGAAGUUUGGCCUUUUUUUUUCCUCCUCCACCUUCCCUUCCUGAGGACUAAGGCUUUCAAAAUGAACAGAAAACUUAGUUUUGUAUUUCAGUGUCUCUGCCCAUCUAAUCAUCUCGGAGAUGAAGUAUCAGUGUUACAAACUGUGCUUUGGAUUGUUUUGUUUUUUUCUCCUGUGGUGUUAUUCAGAAGAAAACAGUGAAAUGUGACCUGUGAAUACAUGGAUGUAGGUCCUGGCUUUUUAUCUUACCAUAAAAAAAAAAAGCUGAUUAUGCUGAGGACUGGGUGUUGGCUUGAAACAAUCAGACAUCAGGAAACUGUAUUCAGGUACAAGCAUCCUUUUUUUUUUCUAUAAAUAUUUUAUUGAAGUCUAAGAAUUGCUGGCAAUUAAGAAUAGUACUUACUAUGGCUUUCGUUAUUGUUGUAACUACAAGCUACCUUAAUUUUUCCAACAGUGGUGCCUUAAUCUGUCUUUUUCUUCUGAUGUAGUCUUCCAGUAAGUGUAUAUAACGCUAUCUGCUGCUUCUCAGCAAUGGCCGCACCUGAUGCAGCAUCAUGAGAACUCACAAAUGUGUUAUCUGGUAAGGUCAUGGAGAAGAUACAAGAAUGCAUCAGAAGGUUUAAAUAACCCUGUUUAACUUUCCACACAAACUGCAAAUUGUGCAAAAAAGGAGUUGGGUUUAUGCACAACUAUUUGGAUCCUCUUGUACAUUUAUUUUCUGUAAAAUGCACUGAGAUCUCAAUGCGAGUCAUAGUCCGUUUGUGAGAAGUGGGGGUGGGGGUAAUAAAACUAUGAAACGA